AUGACGGAUCUAUCAAAGCUAGACAUGCCACCUCCUCUGUUAGCCCUAUGCCAAUUUGUUGAGACCAAGUUGAAGCCUGCUAACGAGACCAUUAGAAUUCACAUUCCAGAGGAAGUGUUUGGCACUGACCAUGAUACCUUCCUCUUGUGUGAAGUUAUUUUGUAG